AUGGAGGGCGCGAGCGCGAUUCGUGAUAAGGCGAUCGCGUACGUGAAGGAGGCGGUGCGGGAGGAUCAGGGGGGGGAGUACGAGGCGGCGUUUAAGCUCUAUCUCACGGCGUUGGAACACUUUGGAGUGUAUUUAAAGUACGAGAAGAACGCGCGAAUGGCGGAGACGGUGCGAGGGAAGUAUAAGGAGUACCUCGAACGGGCGGAGGAGCUGCAGAAGAUCGUGCGUGGGCAGAAGGAGGGGAGGGAGGUGAGCGGGACGAGCGCGAGCGGAGCGCAAAAGCCGAAGGGCGCCGCGAGCGACGCGGACGGGGAGCUGGCGAAGAUGAAGGGACAGCUGGGGGGGGCGAUCGUGACGGAAAAACCGAACGUGAAGUGGGACGACGUCGCGGGAUUGCAGGGGGCGAAGGAUGCGCUGAAGGAGGCGGUUAUUUUGCCGGUCAAGUUUCCUCAGUUUUUCACGGGAAAACGCAAGGCGUGGAGCGGGUUUCUGUUGUACGGACCGCCGGGUACGGGGAAGAGCUAUCUCGCAAAGGCCGUGGCCACUGAGGCGGAUUCGACGUUCUUUUCCAUCUCUUCGAGCGAUUUAGUGAGCAAGUGGAUGGGGGAGAGCGAAAAGUUGGUGUCGCAGCUCUUCGCGCUCGCGCGCGAGCAGGCGCCGUCCAUCAUUUUCAUCGACGAAAUCGACGCCCUCUGCGGUGCUAGAGGAGAGAACGGCGAAUCCGAGGCGUCGAGACGAAUCAAGACGGAAAUAUUAGUUCAAAUGCAGGGCGUUGGGAGCUCGGCUGGGAAGGUUUUAGUGCUCGCGGCGACGAACACACCGUACUCGCUCGAUCAGGCGGUGCGAAGGCGAUUCGACAAGAGAAUUUACAUCCCACUCCCAGACGAGGCUGCGCGCGCGCACAUCUUUCGCGUGCACGUCGGCGAGACCCCGAGCGAUCUUACGGAUGAGGAUUAUCAGAUGCUCGGCGCACAAUCGGAAGGGUUCAGCGGCUCUGACAUCGACCACGUCGUCAAGGAUGUCCUGUACGAACCCGUGCGCAAGGUCCAAGAGGCGACACACUUCAUCACCGUGAAGAACCCCGCGCACGCGCCCACGGGCACGGACGCCCAGGACGAGUACUACGUCCCGUGUUCCCCAGGUGAACCCGGUUCGUGGCCCUCGUCGCUCGAAGAACUCGCGCGUUUGGGAUACGCCGCGCGCGUGCUCCCACCGCCCAUCACCGCCAACGAUUUCCGCAAGGUGCUCUUACGCGCCCGUCCGACCGUCGCUCCCGCCGAUCUCGAGAUCCACGAGCGAUUCACCAAGGAAUUCGGCGAGGAGGGAUAA